AUGGCUGAUCCAAAUCAACUAAGUGCCUCCUCGGCAUCCAUUCAUUCCGAUGUCGACAUGGAGGCGUCCACCCCAAAUACAGCCUCCGACCAAGAUAGUGAUGCCAAGCAACCAGAGGAAGUAGUUGAUGGACUUGCAAGUGUUCAAGCCUCGGGCUCGACCGCACACUUGGUAGGCCAGGUCAACGAAGAUGAUUUUGUUGAAGGUGGGCUAGAGGGUUGGACGGCUGUUCUAGGGUGUACGCUUGUCAUAGCAGUAACCGGUGGUGUGUUGACUUUACUUUUUACUUCGUGUUUCGAGACUCAUAGUACGGCUACACACAAGGCUGGAGCGUACCAUUCAAAGACACUUCUUAAAGGAACUUCUCAUGCCAAGCUUAGUGCUAUUGGGGCUUCACAAAACAUGAUUAUGUAUGUGCUUGCUUUCUUCACCGGAAAGCUAGGCGAUAAAUACGGAUACAAGCGCUUUAUUGCAACGGGUUGCAUCAUUACGUUCCUUGGACAAUUUGGAGCGUCUUGGUCUCGCGAUCUUUGGUCAAUAUUUCUUACUCAGGGCCUUCUUCAAGGACUUGGGUGCGGAAGUUUACUUCCCAUGAUUAGCGCUAUCCCAUCGCAGUGGUUUAGGCGACGCCGUGGAGUAGCUACCGGAAUUGUAGUCGCUGGAGCCUCGUUUGGGGGUGCAGUUUCUUCGCUUGUAGUUCAAGCCAUGUUAGAACACUUAGGGUUUCAUAAGACUCUAUUCAUAUACUCCCUUGUCCAAGGCGGAAUAAUGCUGGUUGGAUUCUCACUCAUCAAGACACGAUUCCCGGCUUCCCAGAUCCAAAACAAACAAAACAAAAUAGUGUGGUUCGACAAACAAUACUUCAAGGAUCCUGUCUUCUGGAUCCCUUUCGUGUUUAUAUCUGUCUACACUCGCGAGAAACUCCCGCAACUGAGUGAUCAGCUCACGAAUCUGCCCAUCCCCGUAAUGAACUUUGCUAGUGCAUUCGGUCGAACUGCCGUUGGACUCAUGGGGGACCGAAUUGGGUUCGUGAACACAUUCAUUCUAAUCGUUUUGGCCAGCUCGUUUUGCCAAGCGGUGCUAUGGAACGUGGCGGCCGAAUCAUAUGCGGGUAUCAUUGUAUUCUCAGUGCUUUAUGGGAUUACUGGACCAAGCUUCAUUGGUUUGGUAGGACCUGCCGCAACGAAACUGUACGGAACGCAUAAUCUAGCCACACUCAUUGGGCUACUCAAUUUGAUGACAGACGUGUUCGGCGUUCUUAACGUUACUCGAUCGUUCCUUCCUCACUUUCGCGAACGUCGUUCUGGUGGUAUCGUGAUAACACCAUCUAUUGGAUCGAGAGAAUACUUUCCAUGCACCACCGUUCAUUCCGCUACAAAAGCAGUAGUGUCGGUAUUGGGUGAGGAGCUGAAGGCCGACGUGGAACCUUUGGGGAUCAAAUCGCUAACGAUUGAGCUGGUUAUCCCCGACUAUAAAUCUAUCAAUGACUGGUUCGACGACUUUAGAGAGAAGAGUAUCGGAAACGAGCCCAACAAUCCCAAGCUGAGAGCGCUGCGUGUGAUCGAAGCUACUACUCAAAGUGGUAUGGCUACCGGUAGGAAAGUGCCAGCACGUAUAGUUUUGGGAAUUUGCGGGAAGGAGCCGUUGAUGACAAUGUGCUAG